AUGGCCGUCAGGGUGUCCUCGUACCGCCGUCUCUUUGAGGAAGAGCAGCAGCAGUGGAAUGGAGCAACGGCUGUGCAGUUUGGAGGACAGGUCCACUCCUCUGCCAGGGGUGGAGCUUCCAGCUGCCCAUGGCCUGAACCAGACUUUGCGGCAGCGCGUGCACUAAACAAAGAAAGCGCGAUACGAUUCGGCAAGGAGCGCUCCCUCAUUGCAUCCCUCAACGACCGGCUGGCCGUCCUCAUCGAUGUGGGCCGGUGUCUGGAAGAGGAGAAUGAAUCUUUGGAGGUGCAGAUCCUUGAGCUGAAGGAGCGGAUGGGAGUGGAGGGGGAGGACAUGUCUGCUACCACCACCCAGGGCCCUACAGACUACAGCCUCGAGGCUGUGGUGGAGAGACUGCGCCGUGAGAAGGAGGAGAUUCUGUGUGACACAGAGGACUCGAGGAAGGAGCUGAUACUCCUGCAGGCUAAGUACGACCAGGCGGUGGAGCAGCGCACCCUCAUCCAGCUGGAGAAGGAGGAUGUUGCCGUGGAUGUUGAUGCCGUCACAACCGAUUGUCUGGCACUGAGGGAGCAAGUGGCCAUCUAUGAGGACCAGCUGGCCAAAAUGGAGCAGCAACAUGAGGAGAGGGUCGAGAGUCUGACUGAGCCAGCUGAUGGGGUUCCUGGUGAAGAUGCCCUUGUCUCUUUGGAAUUCCCAGGCUUUGACAUCACCCCUGCUAUCAUGGAUAUCAAGGAGUAUUAUAGUCAGCUGGCAGAGAGCCUGCAGUUUGAGAGCGGCCCGAGAGCGGCCCUCACCGCGGGAGGAGAGGGCAACGGGGCCGCCGGAGCCAAAGCAGCAGGGGUCAAAGUGACAGACGUCUCCAAAGUGACGGACGUGGAUACCCUGAAGACUCUGAUUGCUGAGCUGAGGAAGGAGCUUGCUGAACUGGAGAAGCAGAAUGAGGAGCUGGAGGCAGAGAUCGAGGCCAGGAAAGAGGCUUACCUGCAGGAGAUUGAAGACCUGGAGAACUGUGUGGCGGACCUGAAGGACUCGCAGGCUGACCUUGAGGCUCAGAUGAGGGAGCACUGCAGUGACUAUGAAGAACUCCUGAGUCAGAAGAUGGCCCUGGACAUUGAAAUCGCUGCCUACAGGGGCCUGGUGGAGGAGGAAGAGGAGCGCUUGUACUGCCUGUAAACGGAUGGUGAAACGAGGGAGGAGCGAGGCCCUGACGGAGGAGAGGUGGGACGAGGGGGAGGAAGAGACUGUUGGGGGGUAGGAGACACUCUUCCAUGGAGCGAUGCAGACGAAAAGAACAUGGACAUCAAUAAAAAAGCCAGACAUAUUGCAGCCAUUAAUAUGAUCCUCACUAAGAACAAAGCCCACCAACACACACACACACACAC